AUCGCUUUUAAAUAAACUUAUUUACGAAUUAAUUUUAUUGAAAUGGAACAGAAACUUGCCAUACCUCCGUUAGAAGUUAAAGCCUCAAUAAAGCUAGUUAGAUGGGUGUGCUUAGUUAGUGGUAUAAUUUAUGGUAUCGUUAAGAAGAGAGAGUAUGGUGCGAUAGAAAAAGUAUUACGAGAAGAAGAAGAAAGAGAAAGACCGGAAAGAGAAGCCCGUGAACUUCGUGAAAAGCUUCGACGUAACGCUGCUGAAAUGAGAGAAUUGGAAAGAAUAUUUCUCGGGACAUCUUCAACUGAAACGGAAGAAAAACCCAAUGAAACACCAUGCGAUGAAACUAUAACUUCAAAGGAUAAUAGUUCAGCAUUAAAUGAUAACAAAAAAGAAACAGUCAUUUCUCCAAACAAUAAAUCAGAAGAAACAAAUGAUAAAGUAGUUUCAAAAGAUGAAUCAGACGAAGCACUUUAA